AUGCAGUGCGACGAGGAGCCACGCGCGCCAUCGCAAAGAUUCUGGGACCUAUACACCCCUAAACCACCGGCGGUCCUUUCCCAGCCAGUCAAAGUGCCCAAAACAUCGACUUCGCGAUUAGAAUUGAGUUCUGCGCCUCUGCUUCCACCGACUUCAGCGAGUCGGGAAGAACCUAAGACCGUGCUCUAUCUAGCCUAUGGCUCCAACCUCUCUGCUGAGACGUUCAAGGGAAAACGCGGCAUCAAACCUCUAAGCGCAGUCAACGUCCAUGUUCCUGCAAUCGAUCUCACAUUCGAUUUAUGCGGGAUACCUUACGCGGAACCUUGCUUCGCAAACUGCCAAUACAGAAAAAUCCAACCAGGUUCUCCUCGAUCAAAAGACUAUCACAAGACAAGAUGGCAUAAGGGGUUAGUUGGUGUAGUCUACGAAGUGACUCUCGACGACUAUAGAACCAUUAUUGCUACGGAAGGAGGCGGCACUUCAUAUAAGGAUGAACUCGUUCAAUGUUACGUUCUCCCGGAUGGUAGCAAGACUGUGGACCCGAAUCCCAGUGGCACACCGUUCCAAGCACAUACUUUACUCUGUCCGUUCGACAGCAAAGAUCCAAAUCGCAUUUGUCGACCAGAUCCCAAUUAUGCGCAACCAUCCGCGCGAUAUUUGAAGUUAAUAACGGAUGGAGCUAAGGAGCAUAAUUUGCCGGAGGAAUAUAUUAAUUAUUUAUACGCUUGGGUUGCAUAUGAUAGCGUCUUGAAGGAUAUGUUUGGGGAUGGAGAGAGGACAAUAGGAGGGAAAGCUUUGACUGAUAUUGAAGAAAUAGAUUUAGAAAAGAGGUGGGAUGAGAAGAAAAUGGCUCGCUCCGGUGAGAUAAAAGAGACUUUGGAAGCAUUGCGAACAGUUAGCGAAAAGAGAGAUAUGAGGGACGUUAGUGCCGUGUUGCUCUUCUGA